UGAAACGUUACCGAAACGUCGUGACGUCCGUACUUUCAUAUCGUGCUGCUUAGUCGCUGCUGGUGUUGCCUUGUUUCUUCAACGAUGUUGUUCAAGUACCAUUUACAAUGCUAUAAAUGCUGCUCAACAUUCUUGUAAAUCCGCUAAAAAGCGCAAGGAAAAUUUUCUUCGAUAAACAACAUCCAGUAUAGGCAGGCGUUUUGAACCCUUUAAUGACAAAUUAUUAUCGCAGUGUCGCUGCGGAUACAAGAAAGGGAGUGCCUGGUACACCUGUUGAUGUACGUUAAGACGCUCGUUUGCAACCUUACGAGAAAAAAAAAAUGAUUUUCUGUUUUAAAAUGCACAACGUACCGGAAGAAGUGGAGGAUUAGCCAUACACUGCAUUUGCGCGAAUAUAGGGCGAUUUCUUUCCUUUUUCAAAGUUUUCGGAUAGAAUACACCUCGCGUUAUGUUCACCUUUGUGGCACGAAUUUAACGCGUUAACCCGGGCAGUAAACAAAUCAAAAUGAAUAUGUCAUUAAACAUUUCCUGAAAUAUGGUAACAGUUGUACUUAUGGGAAGUUGUUAUCACUCACCUGACGACCAGGCCCGACAUGAGAGUCUGUGUCACAAGUCUGGGCCCGAUUUGCAAUAAGCUCUUUAAAAUUGUUCGUCACAGAAACUUUCGCUUAAUUCGGAUGCUGGAUUACUAUUAGCGAACGCGUCUGGCCAAUGAUAAAGCGCACUUACGAACGGAAAGCUUUGUGAAUUCGCUCACUGCUUAUUUCUCUCUCUCUCUUUGCUAACAACUUUUUCAUGAAUGAGAGCGGGCCUGCAAGGGCUCGCCGUCAGAACGAGAAUAAGCAGAGCUCAGACAGAAGCGAUGAACACUGAAGGUCCGUAAGAGAUGAGAAAUAACUUACCGCAGAAAAGCAAACAGGCAGAUUGGCAGCGAGACCCGAAAAAAAAAAAAAAGAUUCGGUCAGGUAAGCAACCCGGCCGACGCACCUCCUUUCCUUUGACGAAAACGAUCCUGGAAAUUUACCACCGCCGGCUGCCUCGUAUUAAGUGCCCCUACACAUACGGUGACUCCAGAUUCCUGCGGCUCUGAAAGCGUUUCUUAUCACGCAUCGCCGCCUGUUCUUGCGGUAUAUUUGGAGGUGGGCUGGAAACCAAAGGCAGGCGGUCCCUGCGGCCGAGAAUGGCUUACCGAAAUUGAAGCUCAUUCGGUGGACACGUUCCUCUCCGGUGACGCGGCGUGCCCGAUAGCGUUGGUGGAGAGGUGAAACGCGUCAUUCCCGGGGAAGGCCCGGCGCCUCGCGAGGUGCCGUCGUCCUCUACGUGAUCUCAUGAAAAAUGGAGGCGCACGGACUGUUGCCUGCGCACCGGGACGAAGCGCGUGCACAAUGCACGAGCCCGGGAGCAUCGGGACGCGCCCGAUAACCGCCUCCAGCGGAGCGCUGCGACCAGCGCGCCUAGCACGGAUGCAAGAGUUGAUCCGCGACGGUUGAGCCCUACAGACCUGGCCUUGCGUUACGCGGUUCUUGCAUCUGCCUCGGUGAACCACACACGCGGCUGCGCCGGCAUCCAGAAUCGUCGAGUGUCCCCAUACCGAGAGCGUGCACGCUGUUUCUCAAUGGCGCGACCUCGUGGCGGAGCCGUGUUCUGGCUGGCGGUGCUCCUGGAAGCGACGGCUGUCCGUGCCAUGGUCAUGCCGGGACUUUGCCCGACGCUAAAGGAGAAGGACGAGUUUGACCUUCACAGGUUUAUGGGCACAUGGUUCGAAGUUCUCAGGACGCCGUUCAUCAUCGAAUACAUGGUUAAAUGUGUGAGAUUUCAUUGCUUGGACAAAGGCGAAGAAAACAGCGUGGGUCUCAAAGUGCUCGGCGAGAGGACACCUGUUGCCGCAGUGUUUACCAGCGGUGACAGAGGGGACAGCCUGUCCAUUGAUGGAGAAAUACUUACGAGAGACGCCAACAGUCCGUACGGAAUAAGGCUGAAAGGAGCCUCCUUCCAGUAUGCUUCUCCCAUGAUAGUCUUGGACACAGACUACGACAGUUACGCCGUACUGUGGGCAUGCGAGAACAACAUCAUCAGCGGCAUUGUUCGCAGAGAAAAUAUUUGGGUUCUCUCAAGGGCACCGACGUUAAAUACAACGAUGCAAAACUUGAUCAUGGACCACUUGAAGAAGCAGACCUACAGUACGUACUUUCUCAUGCCGACAGAACAAAAGACAUGCAAGGGCCAUCCUGUACAAAAAGAUGCUGCUGCAAAAGGCUCAAGUGGAGAAUAAAACACGGUUUUUAUAAAAGUUACAGGUGGAUAUUAUUCAAGCUCAUGCACUUCCUCAAACGUGUGCAUAAAACAGUUAUGAAGAACACUUAACGAACAGGGGACUUUGAAGCAACGUAAAGCGUCCUGCGCUAAGGGCACAUUUGAUAGACAUAUUUAGCGUAUGAGCACAAAACCGGAUGACCACAAAGAACACAAAACAGUGCAUGCACAGACACGCCACAUACGAAAGCGCAAAACGUAUGACGUACGCGCUCAACAC